AUGGCAGAACUUAGAUCUCUUCGUAAGCGGGAGCACCAGAUAGUGAAGGCUUUCGACAGCGUGCAACAUUUUCUCCAGAAAUACGACCAGGAGACUGAUAGCGGGCAAGUGAACCUUCGGCUGCAUGGACUUGAGGAAGAUUUUAAGGAUUUUGUUGUGGUUCGGAGUAAGCUUGAGUUGCUGCUGGAAGAUGUUGAGGUCCAGAAACAUGCUAAAUCUGACCCAGACUUGAAGCAGGAGGCGUUGGAACAUAUGGACGAUGAAAAUGAUCGUAUUAUGCAGGAAUUUCGUGAUCGAUUCUACGCACUGAAGGCGGCGCUUGUGACUUUGCUACCACAUUUCCUACCCCCACCAACGCCACCAUCACAAAGAGGUCCCCAUUCGUCAAUUGCAGGAGAUGAUGUUUUCGGUGUGCACCCAACGCCGACAUUUUCAAAAGUGAAGCUACCUGAAAUCCGUUUACCGUCGUUCAGUGGUAAGAUCUUCGAGUGGGUAACCUUUCGUGACACCUUUCAAAGCCUCAUUCACAACAAUCCUCAGUUGACCGACAUGGACCGUUUCACCUACUUGAGAUCAUCGUUAUCAGGAGACGCAUUGCAGGAGAUUAGUUCUGUGGGCUUGUCAGCCGUAAACUACAACGUUGCGUGGGAAAUGUUAGCGAAUCGUUAUGAAAACAAGAAGUUGAUUGUGAAGGCUCAUCUAGACGCACUUUUCGCUACAGAAGGGCUCAAGAGAGAGAGCUAUGAAAAACUCAACAGUCUCAUUAGCGAGUUUGAGAAAAACCUUCAGAUGCUGGACAAGAUUGGGCAAAACACCUCCGAGUGGAGCACCAUUCUCGCAUACAUGUUGUGUUCUAAGCUCGAUUCCGAUACGCUGCGGCAGUGGGAAACUCAUCACAACUCAAAGGAUGUACCCACGUAUACUGCUAUGCUCGGUUUCUUGCGCAAUCAUUGUGAUGUACUCCAGUCAGUGGCUCCUGCUAAAUCCAACUUCGUCGAUCAUCGUUCCUCGAAACCAGCUGUCUGUCACACAGUGCCGAAACCUCCGAUACAAGACGAGCAAUCGCGACCGCCAAAGGCUAAGCAACACAAUUCGAACCAACACACACACACCACCACUGCCAGCUCGCAGCGCACAAACAACACAUCUCCAGCCACCAACACGCCCACCACAAGUCAAAAUUAUGUCGCACUCCCCAUCACACCUACACACAACAUACUUCUGUCUACCGCUCUCGUUACAAUCAAAGAUCGUUUUGGUAGAGCGACGCUGGCACGAGCUCUGCUAGACUCGUGUUCCCAGCACUGUCUAAUGACUGCCAGUUUUGCGAGCAAGCUACAGUUCCGUGAGACUCCUACGUAUUUGUCGGUUCAAGGGAUUGGAUCAGCUCGAUCGGUUUCCACCAAAUUAGUUAGUGCAGAGGUCGGUCCUAGGUCUAGGAUCAUUUCGCCAUUCACUGAAGAGAUGCAGUUCCAUGUGCUGCCAAAGCUGACUGUGUUACUUCCGACGACGAGUUGCAAUCCGGCCGAGUGGGAUCUUCCGGAUUCGACGUUGAUAGCCGAUCCCAGGUUUCACGAGCCUGGUCCGGUCGAUUUGAUUAUCGGAGCUGAAUAUUACAUGGACUUGCUGAAAGAUGAACGACAAAAGGCUACACCAUCAGGACCGACUCUGCAGAAUACGGUGUUUGGGUGGAUAGUCUCGGGAAGAGUUCCCAACAGUACAAAUAGCGAGCGAUGUUCACUGGUUCACGUGUGCUCGACGGCGGAAAUCAAAGAGCAGCUCACCAGAUUUUGGGAAUUGGAGACCUGUCGAACCGCCAGCACCAAUUCCGUCGAAGAAACCACCUGCGAACAGUUUUUCAAGGAGACUACAGUAAGAGACGAGAAUGGCAGAUUUGUUGUGGCCCUGCCAAAGAAGGAAUACGUUAUCAGCAAAUUGGGAGAUUCAAGGGCAACUGCUCUCAAACGGUUCAUGGGACUCGAACGACGAUUUGCAGCUAACCCAGACCUGAAGACGCUGUAUUCCCAGUUUAUACACGAAUACCAAACUCUCGGCCACAUGAAAGAGGUCAUCGAUGAUACCGCCGCAGGGAAGACAUUUUAUUUACCGCACCACGCUGUUCUAAAGCCGGACAGUACCACCACGAAACUCCGAGUAGUUUUUGAUGGCUCUUGUCGAACAUCUACGGGCAUUUCUUUGAACGACGGCUUGAUGGUCGGUCCCGUUGUUCAGGAAGACCUCCUCAGUAUCACGUUACGCUUCCGUAUCCACCGAUUUGCAAUAGUAGCCGACAUCGCCAAGAUGUACCGAAUGGUUCGAGUUCAGGCAACGGAUCAACCGCUACAACGGAUCUUGUGGAGAGAUUCUAUCGAAGAGCCAGUCCGUGCUUUCGAAUUGACGACCGUUACGUACGGUACCGCGUCUGCGCCUUAUCUGGCCACAAAAUGCCUGCAAAGUUUAGCCGAGGAAGGAGAGGAAACGCAUCCAGAUGCUGCUAAGGUGCUCAAGCAGGACUUCUACGUGGACGAUAUGCUCUCAGGUGUAGACGACGUGAAGGAUGGAAGGAAGUUGAUCCAACAGCUGGUCGAGCUUUUACAGUCAGCAGGAUUUUCACUUCGCAAGUGGAAUUCCAACAGUAAGGAGCUCCUACAGAACGUGCCUGAGCAGUUGAGGGACGAUCGGUCGAUCCUAGAGUUAGAUUCGUCUAGUUCAACCAUCAAAACGCUAGGACUUGUGUGGGAACCCAGUACCGACAGCUUUCGAUUCACUAUUCCAACCUGGAACUCCGCGGCUGUAAUCACCAAACGAAUAGUGCUCUCAGACGUCUCCCGACUGUUUGACCCAUUAGGCCUCGUGGGGCCUGUUAUUAUUCAAGCAAAAAUAUUCAUCCAAGAGUUAUGGAAACAAGAGUGUUCUUGGGAUGAACCUCUCCUGCCAGAGCUACAGGAAUACUGGCAAGAGUAUCGGAGAAACCUUGCUGGUUUGGAUAGCCUCUCUGUUCCUCGGUGGGUUGGAAUAUCUAGCAACAUUGUAGCAGAGGAGCUACAUGGGUUUUGUGACGCCUCUGAAGCAGCUUACGGAGCCUGUAUUUAUAUUAGGACAGUUACAGAGACUGGAUCUGUAUCAGUGCGGCUGUUGACAUCCAAAUCGCGGGUUGCUCCACUUGAAAACCUGAAGAAGAAAAAGAAAAGGCAGUCCAUACCUCGCUUGGAAUUGUCGUCAGCACUGUUGCUCGCUCACUUGUACGAAAAGGUCGUACAAAGUCUCCGCAUCUCCGUUAGAUCAUUCUUUUGGACGAAUUCGAUGAUCGUUAAGUGCUGGCUUUCGUCAUCGCCAUCAAGAUGGAAGCAAUUUGUCGCUAAUCGAGUCUCCAUGGAAUGGAACCACGUCGCAGGUGUAGAAAAUCCAGCAGAUUUAGUCUCGCGUGGGAUGAUCCCAGCACAGCUUCAGUACCAAUAUGUUUGGUUUGACGGACCUCGCUGGUUGCUAUUGGAAGAAGCCUAUCGCCCUCAGCCCCGCCAGAUUAGAGAAGAAGACAUUGCAUCAGCUGACUUGGAGGAGAAAACCACCACGUUAGUCCUUCAGGCAAACACUCCCAGUGAGAUCUUCAACCUACGAUCGUCACUGUCGGAGUUAGUUCGCGUUAUGGCUUAUAUUCGCCGUUUCCGGUUCAACGCACAAGCUGUCAACCGCAACUGUAGAAGGUAUGGGCCGAUCACAUCGUCUGAGCUCGACGAUGCACUGCGAGCAUUGGUUCGGCUUGCGCAAGAAGAAAGCUUUCCACAAGAACUUGCUGAUUUGUCCAAGCGAACCCACGUGCGGGACUCGUCGCGCAUUGUGUCACUAAAGCCGAUUCUCAAUGAAGGCAUGAUGUGUGUUGGCGGCCGGUUACGACAUGCAUCAGUUUCACCGAAUCGCAAGCAUCCGUACAUUCUCGACCCACAUCACCCGCUGACGAAAAUCGUAGUUACUCACUACCAUCGGAAACUAUUUCAUGCGGGACAGCAGCUGUUAAUUUCGGCAAUGCGAGAGCGAUUCUGGCCAGUGUACACCAGCAACUUGGUGCGACAGGUAAUCCACGAGUGCGUCGCUUGUUUUCGAGUUCGACCAAAGGUUCAUGACCAGAUUAUGGCUGAUCUCCCGGCUGAAAGAGUAACUCCCUGUUCGCCGUUUCAAAGAGUCGGAGUUGAUUACUGCGGACCAUUUUCAGUGGUCUAUCCACAUCGUCGUUGCCGGCCUGUAAAAUGUUUCGUCGCAGUCUACAAUUGCCUUACUACCAAGGCGAUACACUUAGAGAUAGCCGUGGAUCUUACGACGCAGGCCUUCCUAGCAUCGUUGAAGCGCUUCUCGGCUCGACGUGGAAAACCCGAGCUGAUAAUGUGUGACAACGCAAAGAAUUUUGUUGGUGCAAAACGAGAGCUGGAUGAACUUCGCAAGCUGUUUCACAACCAACAGUUCCAGAACACUGUCGCAAAGGAGGCGGCAGACGACAGAAUUGAGUUUCGGUUCAUUCCAGCACGUUCUCCUAACUUCGGUGGGCUAUGGGAAUCCGCUGUCAAAUCGUUUAAGACACUCUUCAAACGUACGAUUGGCUUGAAUACCUUGGUGUACGACGAAAUGCAGACAGUCUUGAUUCAGAUUGAGUCGAUUCUGAACUCACGACCGCUCACCUCCGUUAGCAACGACCCAGACGAUUUUGAAGCUCUGACACCAGGACAUUUUCUAAUACAGCGACCCUUAAUGGCAAUUCCGGAACCAGAUCUUGGAGAGAUCCCGGAAAAUCGGCUGUCCGCCUGGCAAAAGGCACAGCGAUUCACACAGGUUCUGUGGAAAAAAUGGUCGACGCAGUAUUUGUCGAAUCUGCACAAUAGGACGAAGUGGACACGCCAAAAAGACAACAUACGUGUGGGCACUAUGGUUGUUCUCAAAGAAGAAAAUUUGCCUCCGUUGAAAUGGCACCUAGCGCGUGUGACGGAGAUUCAAACAGGUCCAGAUGGGCGUCCGUGGCAACGAAGAAGCCGAUCCACUCGCCGGGGAAGCUCGAAGCAUCACGCCCCUAAAUAUCGCCAUUCCAAAGAAAGAUGCCAUAAAAGCGACAACCCAUACGCUUCAUCAACUUUGGGAAGCUAG